AUGAAAAGAUAUAUCCUCAUUAACAACGCGUUUUGUAACACGAAAAAGGCUAAAGUGGCGUGCCAUUGUGACGGCGAAUUAAGCCCUAAAGGAUGCAAGACCGUGCCUGUCUUUUUUGACCUUAAUAAAAUCUCAUGCAAAAAGGUGGAAGAUGACAUAGAACAAAAAAAAAAAUUAGAUAGAUUGUAUUUCCUUCACAUAGAAGAAAAUGGAAAGAGAAGAAAAAUAAAUUUUUUGAAUUUCUUUAACGAAUUCGAUGGGAGCAACACACCCAGUCGUCACUCCGUCGCGUCGCCGAAUGACGCAGCCUCCUGCCCUGCACCCUCCAUCAGCUACUCGAGGGAUAAAACCAACAACGUCAGAAUGAACAGCCAUACACAUGUGGAUCAUAGCAGAAGCCGAAGUAAAGAGGAAUCCAUUUCACUAAAGAGGGAACCCCCCCAUUUCCACAGUUUGGAAGAUGGAGAAAGUUGUACAAACAAAAAAUAUAAACACAUAAAAAAUAAUUAUUAUGAAAAGAUAAACAGUUUGUUGAAACAGGUACAUAUGAGCCAAAUUUCAAGAAGGAACAGCAGCGCCAGUAAGGCUAUGCAUGCCUGCGGGGAUGCCCAUGCAAAGCAGUGUAUGUGA